AUGGUGGUUGGCGAACAGGGACUAUUUAACGCUGAAAAGUACGCUGGCAAGGGUGAAGUAUCGCUUACACAGCCCGUGACGUGUUUUGUGGUGUUUAUUGAAGACGUGUCUGAGUCUAAAGAGAAGAGCUUGGAGGAAUGGAAGUACUACCAUAAUCCUAACAGAGCACCGUUUGAACGGAUGGAGCACGUGAGCCGACCAGUGAUCUAUGGCAUUGAUUUGGACGAGUCCUUGGAGGAGAAAAUGGAAAAGAAGAUGUCUGCUUCUGCAACGUUCAAACUCACGCUUCGAGACGCGGCAGAUAACUACUUCUACGGCAUUGAAAUCGACAAGUUACCUUUUCUUCAUCCACAGGCGUCCAACACGGGCACACCGCUACCGAUGCCUUUGGGCGGGAAGCUUGUUAUCAAGCCAGGCGCCAAAGUGUAUGAUGGAGUGAUAUGCCUCACAGUACGCCAUUGCGAGUACUUGGGUCACGACGAGAGCUCGUCUCUUCUGAGACAGCUCAAUGCCGGCGUCGUGGAGAAAUAUAUAGAUAUAAUGGAACGGCAGCUCAACGGGAGCUAG